AUGGGAUUAGAUUUCGAUCAUUAUAGACUGAUAUUAUUUGGAGGUCAUUUUUUAUCAUUUAUUCUCGAAAUAUGUUUAUUUCUUUUGAUAUCAAAUCGAAUAUUAACUGAAUUAAUGGGAAAAUUAUUUGAAAUUAAUCAACUACAUAACCAAAAAGAAAUUCUCAGUUUUUAUGGUAUUAAUAUCAAUCUUUUCUCUUCACGGCGUUUUCGUUUCUCUAUGAUCUUUCAAUUAGCAUUUACUGCAUGGAUUGGUUUUCUGUUACUUAUCGAUGGAUGUGUCUUUCAUGUCGCACGUUUAUCAAGCAAUGAUUCUUGCCCAUCAUCUAUGAGCGAUUGCUUUCUUUUGGAGACAUCUAGAGAAUAUCCCAAAGUUUCUUGUGCACCUAAUGAAAUAUUCUCAAAUUCGACCUCAAUAAAUGCAAUCUGUUUCGUUUUUAUAUAUAAUGAACAAGAUACUCUUUCUGUACUCAACCAACUUGGUGUUUGUUCAAGUGUAUCUUCACUAUUUUGUUAUGUUUUUAAAAUAGCUUGUCGUAUGUCACGAAAACGAUGGGGAUUGACUUUACUUGUGUUGUUACUUCUUGGAUCUUCGGCGUUCGUAAUCACAGCCUUUAUAAUUGUUAAAAUGAACAUUUCUGCACCGACGAAAUUAAUAUUGAUAGGUCUAUGUUGUCUUUUGAUUAAUGUUAUUCAAUUACUUCAAUUUACACAUUCUUAUAAACGGAAAAAUCGUGUUCAAGCAACAAAUUUCUUAACAAAAAUAUGUUUUUAA